AUGCAGCCUUCCGCAAAGGAUGCCGAUUGGAGACCAGCUGUCGGAGACAGAGUGUUCGCAUGGUUUUAUACAGAGUGGCACACCGCUACAGUGCGAAGGCUCUUCGAGCACCAUGGGGAAGACAAAGCAGAAGUGCUCUGGGACACAGAGUUUUCCACGAGCGAGCUGUCGAUGACUUGGCUGGCGCCGAUUCCUGGCGUGUCGCUUGGGCUGCAGCAGGCAGCGGAGCUUUCAACAGAUAUUGGUGGGGCAGGUCACGCAGCCUCGGCUGACCAGUUCCGUCUUGACAUGAAGGCACCGGCGGUGGCGGCUCCCCCCGGCCUUGGAAGCACUGCACCUGCUUCGGCAGCCUCUGCGAACUUGCCUCCAUCAAUGCCUCCGCCUCCACCCCCGGCGCCUUUGUCAAUUGCGAGUCCUUCGCCGGCCAUGGUGCCGCCAGAUUCAGAUGCAAGACACACAGCACCACUGACAGCACCACCCACUUCUGCCCCCAGCUACGCAAACCAAGCUGCACCAGCCGCCCCGACUGCACAAGCUGUGCGGGUUGCUCCCACCGCCGCAACUGCGCCCAGCACGCCGGCGCCAACUGCAUCGGUCGCAGCUACCAGAAAAACGAAAACUGACACGAGCCACAGUGAUCCGAAGGAGCUUCAGCCGCUCCGCGAGCUUCGGGAGUUCUGUGACCAUUGGGGGUUUGAGGAAAACACCCGCAGAUACCUCGUGGGCCUUCCGGCGAAAGUCCAGAAGGUCGUGAUAACCAAUUUUGAAGCACCGCCUACUGUACAGUGUGUAGAUGCUCUGGUGCACAAUUUCGCGAAGAGCAUCCUGCUCAAACAUGGCUACGAGGAUCUGGACAUGGACCAGUUCGUUGCUCGUUGGUCGCUCGACGACGAGACACGGCGCUAUCUGGAGGGUUUGCCAGCGGACCUGAAGUGUGAGGUCUUGUACGGCUUCCACCCCAAGGACGGCAAGCAAGACCCCGGAGUGCAAAUUCGAAGAUUCACGCAGAGCAUUGCAGACAAGCAGGGCAUAGUCCUUCCGCCGUCGCUGCGGCUCGGGGCUGGGACAGCCACGCCCAGUUCAGCGCCUUUGGCAAAUGCCCAAAGUGGCACUCCGCAGAGCUCCACUACCGCCAGCAGCUUUUCCCAAAGGUCACCGACAGCGCUGGAGUCGAAGCAGACGCUGCAGGAGGAGCUCCUGGUUUUCAUCCAAAGCUGGCAGCUUUCUCCCGUGACGGCGCAGGCUGUGAAGUCCUUGCCGGCGAAUCUGCAAAGACAGGUGCUGUCUGGGUUCAGCCCCAAGAAAGGCACCCGCAACGUCGAGGCGCUGCUUCAUGGCUAUAUCAAAAGCAUCAGUGUGUCGACCGGAGGCCCCGAGGUGAAGGAGCCACGAGCCCCCAAGGAAGCCGCAAAGGCAAAGGCAGCGAAAAAGGAAGCGCCGAAACAAAUACAGCCCGAGCCGAAGGAAAAGCGCAAGGAAGCGUCUACACCAGGUGUGGCACCUCCGCCUGGCCAGCACAGGCCUUCGCCUGGCCCGAAGUCGAAGCCGUUGGGCACCGGCUUUGCUGUGCUUAACGAAUCCAGCUCAGAGCCCGACGAAGAGGAGAUAUCGCCGGCCCCGAAGCAGAAGGCCAAAGCCACAGCCAAAGCCAAGCCGGUGCCAGAGCCAAAGAAGGAUGUGCAGCAGGCCCCAAAGGCCAAAGACGAGAAGGGCAAGAAGAAGGCCGACGCGAAGCCGAAGGAUCCGAAGGAUCCGAAGGAUGCGGAGGGAGAGGCUCAGGAGGAGAAAGCGAAGGCUCAGAAGGAGCCGAAGCCUGGCAAAGCGAAGGAGAAGCAAACCGAGACAGCUCCUAAGGAUCAGCAAGCGGACAAAGCGCCAAAAGCGCCAGAGAAGUCGGGGAAGAAUCAGAAAGAGUCGAAGCAACAAGACCCGAAGCAGCAAGGCAAGAAGCCGCAGGACCAGAAGGUGUCGAGUGAGGCGGAGAAAGCGCAGAAGGAAGCAGUCACAGGAACGGAAAAGUCCAAGUCGGAGACCUCGCAGCCGGCCAAGGCCACAGCGAACACCAAGCCGGCCCAGCCUGCCGAGCCCGCCAAACAGCAAAGGCAGAUUCCGGCUGCCGCGCCCGAGCCCGAGCCCGUUUACCUGGUGGAUGACCGGCCAUCGAAGAAGCGCAAGGAACCUGAGCGGGUCACGCAGAGCAAGGAGUGGGCAGACUUUCUCAUGCUGGAGAAGUUGGAGAACUACAGCGUGCAGGCAGCAGAAAGCCUGGUGCCAACUCCUGCCAUCGCGUCGACCACGCCGACUACCAUGACCUUUACGGCCCAGAAACCGGAGCUCUUCUCGGCCACCCUGCCUCCGCCAGCUUCCGAAACGGCGGCCAGCACCCUGGAAGCAUUGGAAAGGAAGAGCGCGCAGCUCAAGGAGUUGCUGACAGCCGGCCGGGACCCGGACAUAUUGGCAGAGAAGGUAGAUCUGCAAGCCGAAAGCAAUUCGUCUUCUUCCAAAGCAAAGCAGAAGCGAGAGAAGCAGAAGCAGAAACAGUUGGCCAAAGAUGCGCCAGACAUCCGAGUACAGGAUCUUGCACCUGCCGGCUCUCAGCACCCGCCCUGGCCUUUAUGUGAAGCGACAUGUUCGCGUUCCCCACCUCUGCAAGCCUCUGUGCACGACCUCAGCUCCCAAGGACUGAAGUGCGAGCCAGUGACUUCCUCGCGUAUGCGCGUGGAUUCACCGCACCCGCGAAAAGACGGGCUCCUGCUCGAGGCUAAGUAUCCCGUCUCCGUAGCUUUGCCCGUCAGUCGGAAUGGGAUGACGAGGCUGUGGACACGCAUUUCGAAUCACGUGGGAACGCAUCCUGCCUUUGUGCAGGGUGAGGAUUACGACGAGGCCUUGGAGGGUGAAGACGUUGAAGAGAAGCGGCGCUUGCUCAGGGAGAGGUCGGCCCAAAUAGUGGGUCGGAAGAGGAGGAACCAGAAGACCCGUAUUGUUCGCCGAUGUAAUCCUGAUCCGGCUCCCAGCAAAGGCUGCGGAGACCCCCGGUGCGAACACUGCGGCAAAGCUUGCACGAAGAAGGCCAAUGAUGCAAAGGCCGCCGCCGAGGGUACUCAACGACGAUUCAUGACCAUCGCCUCAGACGGCUUGAAGUUACCUUCCUGUGGCGGUUUGCCCUGCUUCUGGAUGCCAUGCAUCAUCUUCUGUUGCCGUCGCAGCAUAUCACGGAAGAAAGCUAAGUUUCAAGGUGGAGGACUUUCCCAGUGUGAGUCGCGAAGGUGUCUAGCUGUCCUGAGUGCACUUGAGUUUCAGCUACUUGUAGUGCAUAAAUAUGACUUUGUGCAUUCCCUUUGA